AUCUUUUAUAGAUUUAUCGCGGAGAGGCGAGAAUUGCGCGAUCGAGAAAUCGCACUUCAAGAAGAAGUGCGAAUUCGGGGUCUUGCUCGAAUUGCCACGCGAGAAAAGAUCGAAGAACAAGCUCGUCGCCGACUUGAACUUAUUGGGAUACGACCUCCUGCGCCGAAGCCGAAGCUUAAGGACGAAAUAUGCCUCAGACUUGAUAAUAAAGUUUUCCGAGUUGUUUCUAUUUUUGUCCAUUUAAUAUUAUCUUUUCAGCUGACGCGCAAAGACCUCUCAACGUUGAGUGGUCUCGACUGGCUGAACGACGAAGUGAUAAAUUUUUACCUGCAAUUGGUCUGUCAAAGAAGUACGGAAACGAAGGGGCUUCCGAAGGUCUACGCGUUUAAUACGUUCUUCUACGCCAACAUUUCUACGAAAGGUUACGCCUCUGUAAAAAGAUGGACACGCAAGGUGGAUAUCUUCGCUCAUGAUCUGCUAUUGGUUCCUGUGCAUUUGAACGUUCACUGGUGUAUGGCGGUUAUUGAUUUGGCUGAUAAACGGAUUGACUACUAUGAUUCGUUACUGGGAAAAAACCAGAAAUGUCUAGAAUAUUUGAAGAACUACCUAGUGGAGGAGUGCAGUGAUAAGAAAAAACAAAAUUUCGAUCUCGAUGGAUGGAAGUUCAUUCUUCGAACGGAUAUUCCACGACAGAUGAAUGGAAGUGAUUGCGGGGUGUUUGCCUGCAAAUUCGCAGAGUUUGCCUCGAGACGAGCACCGAUCGUUUUCACCCAAGAACACAUGCCGUACUAUCGCCAGCGAAUGUUGUACGAAUUGGUUAUGAAGAAGUUGCUGUAG